CCCGUGCCUCCUCCGUUCUCCACUCCAACCCCCCAAACGAACCGGACCGAGCGGCCGCCGCCGCCGCCUUCCCUCCUCUUCCUUUUCGUCUCUGACUUUUUCUCCAAGCUCAUCUCCCUCCCUCCCUCCCUCCCCCCGAUCUUGGGAGAGAGCGAAGCAUGUCCUGGCGGUGGGCUCUCGCGCGCCGCGUCGCCGCGCUGGCCGCCGGGAGCGGGGCCAGCGGCGCGGCCCAGGCGCAGAGGCUCCUGACGACCUCGUCCGGCGCCGGCGCCGCCCUCCUCGGGCGGCAGCACCUGCCCCUCGCCUCCCAGAUUCGGAGCAAGGUGGUGGGUUGUAGAGGAGCUGCUUUCAUGAGCUCCAGAUGGCUACAUGAUGCUCAGUACCAGGUUCGCCAGGAUGGGGAUUCAAGGUCUCAGGAACACAGAGAUCCAUUUGAAUUAGUCGCCGAUGAUCUAUCACUCGUUGCAGAUAGAUUACGAUCCAUGGUGGCUGCUGAGGUCCCUAAACUGGCAUCAGCAGCUGAGUACUUUUUCAAAGUGGGAGCUGAGGGGAAAAAAUUCCGACCUACAGUUUUGUUACUGAUGGCUUCAGCUCUCAAAUUCCCCCUGUCAGAAUCAACAGAAGGCGGAGUUCUCAGUAUCUUAGCGGAUAAACUCCGCGCACCCCAUCUGAACAUUGCAGAGAUAACCGAGAUGAUUCAUGUUGCAAGCCUUCUGCAUGAUGAUGUUCUAGAUGAUGCUGAUACUAGGCGUGGUGUCAGUUCGUUGAAUCUUGUUAUGGGGAACAAGCUCUCUGUAUUGGCAGGCGACUUCCUCCUGUCUAGAGCAUGUGUGGCACUUGCAGCACUUGGGAACACAGAGGUGGUAUCCCUAAUGGCAACUGCUGUAGAACAUCUAGUUACUGGUGAAACUAUGCAGAUCUCAACAAGCAGAGAGCAACGACGAAGCAUGGAAUACUACCUGCAGAAGACGUACUACAAAACAGCAUCACUGAUAUCAAAUAGUUGCAAGGCUGUUGCUGUUCUCGCGGGGCACACUGCUGAGGUCUCGAUGCUUGCGUACGAAUAUGGUCGAAACUUGGGUUUGGCGUUCCAGUUGAUUGAUGAUGUUCUAGAUUUCACUGGCACAUCCGCAUCCCUUGGGAAGGGUUCAUUGUCUGAUAUUCGCCAUGGAAUCAUUACUGCCCCAAUUCUAUAUGCAAUGGAGGAAUUCCCGCAACUACAUGAAGUUGUUGACAGCGGUUUCGACAAUCCUGCAAAUGUUGAACUUGCCCUUGACUAUCUCCAGAAGAGCCGUGGAAUUGAAAGGACGAAAGAGCUUGCACGGGAACACGCUAACCGUGCAAUCAAAGCUAUAGAAGCCCUUCCGGAUAGUGACGACGAGGAUGUUCUGACUUCAAGACGCGCUCUUAUUGACAUAACAGAGAGAGUCAUCACAAGGACAAAGUAGCAAGUGUUUGGCAUUCCCAAGGUGAAUGGAAAGCUGAACCUCGCCACAGGCCAAGUAUCCCACUUGGAAGAUUUUGUAUACUCCGGUUCAUUGCAUUCUUUUCACAGCACAAGUUUAGGACCUGCAUUUCUCAGAGCUGUAGUGGGUUUUUUCUACAAGUGGCAGCAAAAUAUGUAUAUCACUGAUUGCAAUGAUCACAAGAUAUUAUGUGGACAUAUAAUUGGGAGCACUGAACCCAAUAUACGAGAAGAAUGGAUUGUUGACUCC